AUGCCCUUCAUCGCCCAGACAAGCAGCGCCGCCAACGGUGCAGACGAAGCACGGGAGCUAUGGCGCCCCUCCAACCCUCAGAACACGAGGAUUUUCGACUUCAUAACGAAGGUAGCGACCAAACACGCUCUGCCCAUUGAUUCGUAUCAGGAUCUGUGGCAGUGGAGUGUCGAGGAGCCGGCGAAAUUUUGGGAGGAAGUGUGGGCUUACACCGGCGUCAAGGCGCAUGCGACCUACGAGUCGGUUUGCGAUCUUGAUGCCCCCAUGUUCCCGAAGCGACCGUUCUUUGACGGAAGCUUGCUCAACUUCGCCGAAAACCUCCUCUUCCCCGCCAGUAAUCCCCACGAACACUCCGUUGCUGUCAUCACCGCCACCGAAUGCACGCGGGAACAUAUAUCAUGGAAGGACCUCCGCGAGAGAGUGCGCCAGUGCACUGUCGCCAUGCGAGAUGCCGGCGUUGCAAAGGGUGACCGCGUUGCAGGCUUCGUCGGCAAUCAUGCAAAUACUCUGAUCGCCAUGCUGGCCACCACUGCUGUUGGCGCCCUGUGGAGUGGCGUUUCUACAGACACCGGUGUGCACGCCGUUCUCGAGCGAUUACGGCAGAUCGAGCCGAAGCUGCUUUUUGCCGAUAAUGCUGCAUUUUACAAUGGUCGGGUACACAACACGCAUGCUAAGGUGGCUGAGGUAGCCGCCAGCCUACCUUGUCUGCAGUUGGUAGUGGUCUUUGACGCAGUUAGAGAUCACGCAUUUGACGCCCAGUCGAUCCGGCCACCCAAUGGUACCUGUGUGUCUUUUGCAAACUUUAUCGCCCCCGCCGUUCAAUCGACUGUCCCGCUGCAGUUUGAAUACCUGCCCCCAGACCAUCCAGUCUAUAUUCUCUACUCCUCCGGAACAACUGGGGCGCCAAAGCCUAUUGUUCAUGGUGCACUGGGAACCUUGAUUCAACAUAAAAAGGAGCACGUCCUCCAUUGUGAUAUUGGCCUCGGGGAUCGUUUGUUCUAUUUCACAACCACCACAUGGAUGAUGUGGCAUUGGCUAGUCUCUGCGUUAGCUAGCGGUGCCAGCGUAGUUCUAUAUGAUGGCUCACCGUUCCGGCCGUUAGACCCAGAGAAUGCUAAGGGUGAUAUGGCCAUGGCCCGUCUUAUCGACGAGUUACACAUUACACAUUUCGGAACGUCAGCGAAGUACUUAUCCGUGCUAGAGCAAGCUUCUCUGAACCCAAGAAAUCAUCCAUAUAGGCCUGUGACACUGCGGACACUCAAGGCUAUCUUCAGCACUGGCUCUCCACUUGCGCCGUCCACGUUUGACUAUGUCUACUCAUCCAUCCAUGAGGACAUCCUCCUCGGAUCAAUAACAGGGGGAACUGAUAUCAUUUCCUUAUUUGGAGCAUGCUGCCCCAUUCUACCUGUUCACCGUGGUGAAAUCCAGUGUCGAGGACUUGGCAUGGCCGUAUCUGUCUUUGAUCAUGCUGCUCAAGAUAUCACGAACACAGACGACGCUGGAGACCUUGUGUGUACGAAGUCAUUUCCUGCGCAGCCGGUCAUGUUCUGGCCGCCCGGGCCUGUCGGGGCAGAGAAAUACCGCGCCAGCUAUUUUGAGACCUAUGGCGACCGCAUCUGGCACCACGGAGAUUUCAUCAAAAUCAACCCAACCACUGGGGGACUGGUCAUGCUUGGCAGAAGUGACGGCGUACUCAAGCCUGCGGGAGUGAGAUUCGGCAGCGCCGAGAUAUAUAAUGUGAUCUUGAAACACUUUGCGGAUAUCAUCGAGGAUUCUCUUUGCAUCGGACGGCGAAGGAACGGCAUUGAGACCGAUGAGACUGUAGUGCUGUUUGUAAAACUCAACAGCACAUCGUGUCCUCCAUCCGGCAUGUCAACCCCGACAGGUACUGUGAGGGAACCAGACGCUCUACCAGAAGGCUUGGCUGCUAGCAUCCAAGCUGUUAUUCGCAAGGAGCUGAGUCCCCGCCAUGUUCCUGCGAUCAUUGACUCCUGUCCAGAGAUCCCAGUAACUUCGAAUGGCAAGAAGAUUGAGAAUGCAGUCAAACAGAUUCUUUGCGGGUUGAAUAUCAAGACUGGCGCAAGCGUUGCAAACGCUGCAUGCCUGGAGUGGUAUCGAAAAUGGGCGGCCGAACAUUAA